CUCUAUCAGCGCGAGCCUGAGCACCGCUCAGUAAAGACAGAUAGAGUCAGGCGGCAGUAAGGGGUGGCUGUACGACCCUCUUUUGAGGGGGGUGCGAUUAAAACAAAUAUAUAUACACACAUAUACACGCCCAGGCCGCAAGAUAGGUCCUAUGUUGACAUUGUCUUUUUUUAGUAAGCAUAUAGUUAUAUCUCUGUAUUUCAAAAAUGCCUAUUUUACUUUUCCUGAUAGACACGUCCGCUUCUAUGAAUCAGCGCACUUAUUUGGGUACGACGUAUCUGGACAUUGCUAAAGGCGCGGUUGAGAUCUUUAUGAAGCUGCGCGCCCGAGACCCGGCUAGUAGAGGCGACAGGUACAUGCUAGUUACAUUUGAUGAGCCACCAUACGGAGUUAAGGCGGGGUGGAAGGAGAACCAUGCUACCUUCAUGAGCGAGCUGAAGAACCUUCAGGCCUCUGGCCUGACCACUCUGGGCCAGGCUCUCCGCACCGGCUUUGACCUGCUCAACCUCAACCGCCUUGUCUCUGGCAUCGACAACUAUGGGCAGGGACGGAACCCCUUCUUCCUGGAGCCAUCUGUGAUCAUUACCAUCACGGAUGGAAACAAGCUGACACACAACUCUGGGGUGCCAGAUGAGCUGCACCUCCCCCUGAACUCCCCCCUGCCAGGCAGCGAGCUGACCAAGGAGCCGUUCCGCUGGGACCAACGCCUUUUCGCCCUGGUGCUCCGCCUGUCGGGAGCAGCCACCCCAGAUAGCGAGCAGCUGGGCAGUGUACCCACGGACGAUUCAGCCAUCACGCAGAUGUGCGAGGUCACGGGAGGACGGUCGUACUGUGUGAAGACCCAGCGGAUGCUGAACCAGUGCCUGGAAUCCCUGGUCCAGAAGGUUCUCAGUGGCGUUGUCAUCAAUUUUGAAAAGACGGGUCCAGAUCCCCCCAUUGUUGGCGAAGACGGCCCACUGGAUCCUACUCGGCCUGCACCCAGCCUAGGACCACAGCCCUGGCACAGCUGCCACAAGCUGAUUUAUGUGCGGCCCAACCCCAAGACCGGGGUACCUGUGGGCCACUGGCCCAUCCCGGAGUCCUUCUGGCCUGACCAGAACUCGCCAGCCCUGCCCCCACGCACAGCCCACCCUGUGGUGCGCUUCUCCUGUGUGGACUGCGAGCCCAUGGUGAUCGACAAGCUGCCUUUUGACAAGUAUGAGCUGGAGCCCUCACCCCUGACCCAAUACAUCCUGGAAAGGAAGACCCCACAUGUGUGCUGGCAGGUGUUUGUGAACAGCAGUGGGAAGCACACGGACCUGGGCCAGCCUUUCGGGUAUCUGAAAGCCAGCACGACGCUCACCUGCGUCAACCUCUUUGUCAUGCCGUACAACUACCCUGUCCUACUGCCGCUUCUGGACGACCUGUUUAAGGUGCACAAGCUAAAGCCCAACAUAAAGUGGCGACAGGCCUUCGAGAUAUAUCUGAAGACCAUGCCCCCAUACUUCCUCCUGCCACUUAAGAAGGCGCUGAGGAUGAUGGGAGCGCCCAAUCUCAUCUCUGACAAUGUGGACUGUGGCCUCAGCUACAGUGUCAUUUCCUACCUGAAGAAGCUCAGCCAGCAGGCUAAAAUCGAGUCAGACCGCCUGAUUGUGUCGGUGGGAAAGAGGCCCCCCCAGGAGACAGGAAUCAAGGUGCGGAACCACUCGAGUGCACUGUCCCUGGCCCAGAGGUGUGACUUCCAGCAGCUGCUGCAGGCUGUCAGCGGGGAGGCUCCACUGCGCUUGGUUGACUUCAACCUCAAGGAGUUUGCAGGCUUCCAGGUGGCCCUGCUCAACAAGGACCUGAAACCCCAGGCAUUCCGGAACGCCUAUGACAUUCCCCGGCGGAACCUUCUGGACCAGCUGACCCGCAUGCGCUCCAACCUGCUACGUCAAACACAGAAGCUCCUCCGGGGGCAGGAUGAAGAUUACAUGCAUAGCAUCCCCGUGGCCCAAAUGGGCAACUAUCAGGAGUACCUGAAAAUGAUGCCGGCCCCCCUGCGGGAAAUCGACCCUGACCAGCCCAAACGCCUGCACACGUUUGGGAACCCCUUCAAGCAAGACAAGAAGGGGAUGAUGAUUGACGAGGCGGACGAGUUUGUGGCGGGCCCUCAGAACAAGAAGAGGGGGAACACCGGGGACCCAAACUUGGGGGGCAUGCCGAAGAGGAGGCGGAGCAUGUCGCCGCUGUUGAGGCGGCCGCAGACUCCACCCGCCGUCCCCAACCACGUCUUGGGGAAAGGGCCCGCGGGAAAAGGUGUCCCGGGCCAGACUGGCCUCAUCAAACCCAUCUCUUCACCCAAAGGAGUGGAGGGGAACAGCAUUCCAGGUGCAGAGAGCAAUGGGGAGGAGGCACAAGGUGUGGAUUUGGGUGAUGGGUGGUCCGAGGGCCUGGACGGCCUGGGAGGGGCCACACUGGAGGAGCGGGUGGGAUCAGGUGCAAGUGAGAUGGGGGACCCGGCGGGGCUUGAGGACGGCUUGGACGAGAGCCCCCCCUCUGAUCAUGUGGAGAACUGCGAGGACCUGACUCUCCCCAACCAACUGGGGGUACUGGGGGAAGGGGACACGGCUGUGCCGAGGGCAGUAUUCAUACUACCCCUAGAGGGCAGCAAUGCUGAGCUCCGCACACGGGUCAUUAAGGAGGUCCGGAAGCCAGGCCGCAAUUAUGAGUCGAUUUUCCGGCUUCUGGAGGAAGUGAAAGGGCCCGUAGAGGUCCGGGAGUAUUUCAUCCGUCACGCCAUCAACGAGGCUGCCAGGUUUAAAAAGCGGGUCUUGAUCCAGCAGUUGGAGACAGCCCUAGAGGUGAUGGAGCAACGCCAGCCACUAUCUGCCCUGCCUGCUCGCGUCAACAACGUCCACGGCAGAUAGUCAGCGAGGGCCCGCAGGGAGCGAGACAUGGAGGACACGUGGCAGAAAAACUAAUGGAGUAGCACAUGCGUGGGGGGAGGGUGGUGCAGACCAGCCGAGCGGGUGUGGAACUAAGAGGAUGACCCACCCCAGCGGUGCACUCCCCCCCACCACCAGAGAGGGCGCUUCAGUCCAGCACAGUGAAAAGGAAAAAAAUGGAAGGGGAAACGAAAGCACAUCUUUGGGCCCACCUCCUUCAGGCAGUGGUCACCCCUCAGGCUUACCACUUGGGUUGGGGUUGAAGGCCCGAGCAUCUGGCUUAGGAACCUCCAGGCACACGUAUCCGGAAGCUGUGGGUCUACCGCAUAGGGCAAGGCAAGUCACAUGACCAGCUCAUAACCUGCUCCCAGGGAGUCUCUGGGUAUUUAUUUUCCUCAUUCAAAUGCGUCUUAGGGCGGUAGAUGUGUCACGCUGCUCAGUGAACAUGGGCAACCCAUCAGACUGUUCCCAAAGGAACAGGAAACACCCUCUGCUCUUCAGUCGCCCCCUAUAGGCCAUAGUUAAGAAGCUCAUGGCUGACUCAUGGGGGCGCUGUCCAGGAGGGCAGGCACAGACAUGUGGGUCUAGUCCCAGUGUUCACAUGAGCAAGCAUAUCUACCUCAGCUCUUCCAUGUGACCUUUUUUUUCUUCCUGACCGCAGUACAUUUGUAACCAUGUCACUUUAAAACACCUUUUUAAUGACUGUCCAGGCAGACAUACCAACAUUUUUAGAAGCAAUAUAUGCCUGUUUUUCCCCCAUCUGCCAGCCACGUGGGAGGUGUGUCGCUGAUUCAGCAUAAAUUUCAGUCCCCCCCCUCCCUCCACCCAAGGCCACCCUCAUCGUCACCAUGUCAGACCACUGUACCCAGAAUGCCUUGCCCCAACCCCAGCUACCGGCUCACCUUCAGGAUGACUCCAAGCGUGCCGAGGAAGCCCCUGCCGCUUUUCCUGUUCCACUUCAUUUUUUUUUUUUUUAAAGAAAGAUGUAUACUACUUUUUAAUGUUCAUACAUGAAAAAGAGAUUAUUUUUGGACAGUAUUCUUACCAGAGCAUAAAAUGAAAAUAUUUUAAAAGAACAUUUUGUAAACUAUAUAUUAAAUGGAACCUUUUAAGAUUUUUUUAAAGAAUGAAAAAUAAACUCCUGAAAAGGAA